UCCAUUGCUUUCUCUAGGCUUGAGGUAAGGGAUUAAGUCCUGACCUGUAAUCCUAGCAUCACUCACAAGUGCUUAGACUCAAGCAGAAAUAAGCAACUAGCUAAGUGUUUGUUCUUUUCUGAGGCACGUGGCAACUGAGUUAAAAAAAAUUAAAAAACAGCCUUAAAGGCAGGAGAAAUUUGUCUUCAGCACUUUACAGCGAUCCAGUUCAGCCUGUUGACACUGUUAAUCAGACAGUAUCAGGAUGCACCUUCAGUGACUGAAGGUGGACACUCAGACCCAGAGGAAAAUUUUCCAUGAUGUGGGAGGGACUGGCUCAGCUACAGUCCAAGUAGUGAUCAGUGUCCUUGUAAAGGCAGAGAGAAGGUUGAAAUAUGUUACAUUUUUUAAUGAAAGCUUUUUAAACAAACCAUAGACAGAGGAAGACGAUCUGAGAUAGCAUUUCACAAACAGAAACACUGCGCUGAAGGAAAUGUUUGCAACAAGCUUCACUGACCAUAAGGAGUUUAAGGUCUGAGCAAUUUAAGCACUUUCAGAAUUUGCAAAAGGCAGUUUUCAUCACACAUGAAGAAAAACAGGACACAUUCUGCAUUUUAUUUUUCCUGUUUCCUCACAUAUGUGAAAAUGCAUGUUUGACAGUCAUUUAUUUUAUAAUUUUGUCCGCUCUGGAUCUCUUCUUGGAAUAAGAUGUUGAAAUGAAGAGGUGUGUCAGACUUCAUCAAGGACUGUCAUCAACUUUACAGCUUUUUUGAACUUAAAGCAAUUUGAAAUUUUUUUGGGGAACAUAUGAAAGAUGGGAACCCCUGUUGUACCACUUGUAAGAACACAGCAAGAAGUGUCUGAAGAUGAAGCCUUGGCCCUCAUGUUUAAACAGGCUGACGCAGAGCUCUCUGCUAAGCGAGCCGCCCGAGCCAAAGCUAGACAAGCACACCUGAAUAAGGUAGAAAGGCAUCACACAGAGAUUGACCGAAAACUAGAUAAGCAGCAGGAAGAAGAAGAUCUGUCAGAAAAGUAUGAAAAUGUUAUGGAGUCCUUACUUAUGGUGGAAAAAGAAAAGGCUGUGCUUUUGUAUGAGGUUGAAAAGCUAAAAGAUUAUUUGGAAGAAACGGAGGAACAGUUAGCAGAGGUCAUGAGGAAGUAUGAGGACAAGUGUAAGGAGCUUGAAAGUGAAAGACUCACAAACUGUAGGCUUGAAGGCAAAAUGAAGCUUUUGCAGAAACAGCUCAUGGAAGCAGAAGAGAAUAUGAAGGAAAAAGCAGUAAUUGAAAUGAUACACAGAGCAACAUGGACAGAAAUUCCUGAAGAGCAGUCUUUAGCGGCAGUGAAGCAAAGCACAAGAAAAUACGUAUGUGAAGCUGAUGCCUUGUUUCCUAAUGGGCUUUCUGAACAACAGACAGACACAGAAAAGCUCAGAGACAAACAGUCCCCAGAAGUCAGCCAGGAGCUGAAAACAACAUCCCAAAACAAGGAUGACAGUUUGCCUAGAGAAUGGGAAAAGCCAAACACAGAUGCAGUGGAAAGCACAGCAAUACCCAUAGCAAAUGUCUUGCACAAAGAACACUUGGAGUUUGAAGACCAAGGUAGGGGUGUUCAAGAUCAUAAAACUUGUGUACAAGGCUCAAUAACAGGAAAAGCACAGCACACGCAAGGAGAAGCAGCCACUAAGGAAGAUGGGAAUGAAAAUGCUAAAGGACUUGGUGAAAAUGUCGCAGCCACGUCUGCAAGUUACAUAACUAAAAAAGGACAGAAACAGCCCAAAAUAAAUUUGUUAACUGAGAAUAAAGAGGAAGAUUGCCGUAUGGAGAACAUAAGACAAACAGAGAAUGUGAUAGAUGCCAAGGUAAAUCCAGACAGAAACACAUGGGAUGAAACACCAUGCCAAGCAACUCCAGAGAAACAGGCUAUAGAAUCUUCUUACUUACAACAUGAUAAUUCCUUAGAUGAAAAUAUCCAGCAGGAAGAAGAUGUUGGAAAUGAAGAAAAGAACAUAACCUCCGAAGAACAGGAAGCAUAUGAGGCUGAUAUGAGUGAGGUUCUGGAGUCACAGGAAGGGAUUACAAAGGAGUGUGGAGAACAGAAUGCAAUCAAUAAGACUGAAACUGAGGUAGAAAUUGGAAAGCAAAGUGAACAUGGAGGAAAGUCCAUUGAGAAGAUGGAACUUUUUAGUGCAGACAGUGCAAAAACAUUACAAAAAAAGGGUGUAUAUGAAACUUUCAUUGGAAACUGGUUGACAUGGGGAAAAGUGAAGACGUCUCCUGGAAUGAACAGUACACUUGUACAUGAAGAGACGACACAUGACAACAGAGUAGGUUCUGAGAGGGAAGAAAUAGAAAAUACAUCAGUAUGCUCUGAGGGUGAAGAAAUAAAAAAUACAGUAGUAGGCAAUGAGAGGGAAGAAACAGCACUGCAGAGUCACAGUCAGAAGUCUCUUACACGUGAAGACCAGACGAGCUUUACUGAAAAAGACAAAAUGAAUGAAACUGGAAAUAAUCUAGAAGAGAGCAGAGUACUAAUUAUUACAGAUGGAAUUAUAUCCACAACAGUUGAUGUAAAUACUGAUGGAAGUUUGUACCAAGGUAAUCAUGGGAAAGAUACAACAGGAAUCACAACUAAAUUAAUUAGCCAGGACCUAGAUCAAAACAGUUGUAAGGAAACAGAGGAGAGCUUUGUACAGGAUGUUUUAUCAGGAGAAUCGUCAUAUGGAAAUGACAGUUCUGAAGCAAAGACUAAUGACAGUCAUGCAACAAGGGAUGGCGGGACCCUCAAUAUGAUUGAGAAGUUGAUCAAGAAAGUAUCCAUGAGAAGAAGAAGUCAGGAGUAUGGAGAAAGUAAGCAACAAGAGAAAGAAUCUCUUGAAGUUAUAGAUGGCAGAUCUAAUGAAUCAAGUCUGGGCAUCCUGAGGUUUGAUCCCAGGGCCACCAUUGAAGAGAUGUUUGUCAAAGCAUCCUUAGAAGCUGAAGCAGCCAAAGAAGAGAAUUCUGAUGAUGAUGUAAUGCAUGACUGUUUGGAGAAUAUAGAAGGAGUAAAAACUCAUGCCAACCAGAUUUUGGUAGAUGACACCAGCCACGGUGAUGGAAAAGCUUACCUUAGAUUGGAACAUUCAGAUAAUCACCAGCCAACAUAUCCCCCUGGAAAUAUGGCUUUCAGUUGUAAAACUUCAGAACAGGAAGAUGUUUCCGCAGACAUAGAUGAAAAUUCCCUUGAAAACACAAUGUCACAGAAUAAAAUUUCAGUUGAAAGUGAUACAUCACUACAGAGAAAUCCAUCCAUGACCAGUAUUAUGGGGUCCCGGGAAACUUUAAAAAGAAGGAAAAGUAGUAAAAGGUUCACAAACAGUGGUGAUACUUGUAGGAUUGCUUAAUUAUAAAUUGUGCCUAUAAAUUAAGACUUGUAAUAUAGAGAUGCAGGAAACAAUGACUGGAGUUCAGUUGCAAAGCUGGAUGGCAUACGGGGUAAUUUGUGGGGACCCAUGUGUGGAAAAGAACUCUUCUUUCCUAUAUAAUUAUGCAGUUAUACAACAUGUAGGAUAGAACUGGCACUGUUGGCGUAAGCACCAUUUAAGCUGUUCUACACAGAAGGAAAAAAAACCCCACAAAAUGUGCAUUUUUAUCCUCUAACAGAGAAUGUAGCAGACAUUUUUUUUUACAGGCAAUAUUUGCUUGAAUCCAAGGAGUAGUGAACAGCACAGAUUACAUCAGCUAUUCUCCAUGGAAGAGUAUGAAGGAAGAAAAACAAAAGCAAUAAAACUUUAUAUAUAUAUAUAUAUAUAUAUAUAUAUAUAUAUAUAUAUAUAUAUAUAUUAUCCUCAUAUAUGUGGGUUUCGAUCUCAGGGUGUCCCAAGCGGGACUACUACCUUAUUUGUCUAAAUUAUGUAUAAUGUUCGGUUAUUGUGUGCUUCAUAUUGAUAAGAUACAAAUACACUGACUCUGUCAUUCAGUCAUGCUGCAUGCACUUUUAGAUAUGUAAAUGUAUAUUUUUUGUAUGUAUGUCUACCUGUGCAUACAUUUACUGUCAAGGAAGACAUUCAGAAAUCUUUUACAUUAUACUUUUAUUUUAUUGUAAAUGUAUAUACUGGACUACAUACUGCAUUAUAUGCUGUGUAAUACAUUUCACCUUUUGUCAUUUCCACCUUGAGUUUCCCUUUCAUCCAGCUGGAGUAUAUUUCUCAACUUAUAUGUGACAAACCCUUUCCAGAAAAAAAGGCAGGAUCCAAACAUGAAAGAGCAUUGCGGGUCUGAGAUUAAAAUGAAUUAAAACGGAAGCCAUUUUAGAUGAUGGUUGGUGUACACCACUGCUCUACAGUCACAUUGGUGGUAUGGCUGUAUUCUGUUUUGAGUGCAGCAAUGCAUUUGGCACAUGAUCUGCAGGGUGCAUAAUCUCUGCAGUACAGGGAUGUCCUGUAAAGGCAAACUGCAAUCCUUAUUCAAGCACAUACACACAAUGGUCACCAAGAUGUAAUAGUGCAGCACAGAGUAUUAUUUUUGUUUUCUCCAGAGAUCUUUUCAGCCCAGAUAAUCAGUAUUCCAGCCCAGACUCAGGCCAUCCCAUUACAGCUAUCAUCCCUACUGAAUACUGUGCAAGACUUCAGGCUCUGUAUAUUCACUGUAUUAAUUCCAUUAUAUUCUGUCAAUGCUUUAGACAUAAGCAUAAGGCUUAAUGAUAAUGAUGUACAAUAAAGCAGGUGAAAAUGGGGCACAGCUACCAGAAACCUGUCAGGACUGGGACUGGGGAGAUAUUUGACCUCCCUCAUUUGGGACCCAUCCAUCCACCCACAGCCUCUUUUUCCAUUUUCACACAUGGGGUUGGGGUGUCACUUCAGCAAUGACUACCAUCUAGAGUCAAGGUUCACACCAUGGGUGAUUAUCUCUGCCUUGAUUGUUCUUCCAUACCACACACUCCCACACAUACUCACACCUGUGGCCAAUUUAGAGUGCCCAGUUGACCUACUAGAUGUCUUUCAAAUGUAGUAGGAAACAGGAGCACCCAUAGAAAAUCCAUGUGAACACAGGGAGGGUAUGCAAACUCUGUAUAGAAGGCAUCCCAGCUGAGAAUCGAACCAGAGAACUUCAUGCUUGAAGAAGCAGUGCAUUUGGCUGCAUGACUUUGCCGUCUCUCUCCUUGAGUACCAUUGUGAUUUGAUUCCUUUUGUAGUGCAGAAUGUGAGCAACACACGGGCCUUGGAUUAGUAUAAUAAUGAAUCACUACUGAGUUUUCUAUUCUGUGUCAUGUUGAUUCCCUGCUUGUCUUAAAACACUAAAAAUACCAUUUUAAAUGCUCACACAGACUCCACAGGGAAUACAUGACUAACAAAUACAGACAUAUAACUAUGAAUGUGACAGUUAAUUAUGUAAUGAUGAUUCCAUAUAUGAAUUUCUAAUGAUGUAUACAUGCAGAACUUAAAGCUGUAUUCCUUGGAUUUCCCCUGAAAAGGGGUAGUGGUCAUGGUGGGAAGGCAUCAGUAAGUAAAAUGCAAUUAUUAAAUACUUAUCUUUG